AUGACGGGGAAAAAGGAGGAGUUUUUGCGCAUAAGCGGUGAUUUAGAUUUCCAAAAUCGUAGUGAUUCCAUUUUUGGUUCUCUAGACAACCUUGAACCCGAGCAAAAAAGUGAAACAGAGUCAAAGCCUCAUGGCCCCCGAGCACCAAAACACGUUCCAGAUCAUGUCUUGCAUCCUCAGAAAUGGACCAAAUAUAGUCUCGAGGAUGAUGGAACUGACAAAAGUUCCGGUAUGUCUGGGGAAGCCUUAAACAGACAUGUGGCUUUAUCCUUUCUGGAUGACAUUCGUAAAAGAAAAGAAAACUUAUCCAUGAACUCAGAAUCGGAAUCAGACGUUGUAAUGACUGAAAAACAUGUGUUCUCAAAAUCAGCGAUCAAGCAUAAGAUGGAGAUUGAUGAAGCUCCUUUACAGUCACAGCUUGUGGGAGGUGUCAAUAUCAUGAAAGAGUACGUGAUAGGACUAUCUCCUGCAAAGACAACUAGAAGAGAAUACAAAAAACUCUCUGGUGAUAAAAAGCUGAACUUGUCAGGUGAAUCCGUAAGUCUCGGUCACUUGGAGGAGAAGGAAGUAGGUGAUAGUGAUUCAGAUAUCUCAGCAGGUGUUUCAGAACCUGUUGAGGAACAGCAUGAGAAAGUGAAGUUUGCCAAAAGAAAAGUAAAGAAACGCAGUGGACUACGUGAACACAAAUCAACACCAGCUGAUGAAUAA